AUGCUGGCAGCCAUAGCAGCCAAAGCCCUGCGAAAGGCUUACACACUCGAUGGACGAUUGACCGCAGGACGAUAUGUUGAAUCCUGCCCAAUCUAUGUUAGUCAGGGCUACAUAGCUACCUGGCUACCCGAUCAUACACGGAUUGAAGGCGAAUUUAAUUGCCUUUGUCUACCCGCUUAUGGAUACCGAACAACAGAUCGACACAGCACUACUACCAUCCACAAGCAAUUCUUAUUCUCCGAAAUGGCAUUUUACAGUCGCAACCACAGCCAACUGUCUGCGGAUCAGCUUCGCCACUCUGACUCUGACUCCGACUCCCGCUACCACCACGGAUGGGCUGGCUCGUCCUCCUCAAGCUACUACAACGAGCCAACGACAUCUGAUCCUCGCUACCAUGCCUUUGGUAACUACUAUGCCAGCAAGUCAGCCUCAAACUGCAACCACUCCUACAGAUCUGGGGACUACCAUGAGUCCCAGCAAUCAGAGGACCAUCAGCACAUGUGGCAGUCUCAGGAACACAGUGGCGCACCACCAUCUUCUUCCUCGGUGGCCACUUCAAGUCCUCCCAACUUACAAGAUGACUCCUACGGCUGGAUGAACUCGGCCGAUGGCAGUGAGCCAAAUCUGUGCCACUGCGGCAAGACAUUCCGACGUCCCUCUGACCUCGCAAAACACCAAAAGUACCACAUGAAAUACUUCUCAUGUCUCGCCUCGGGAUGCGACAAGUCUUUUGCCACUCAGAAAGAUCUGAUCAGGCACACGCGCACACAUCGCAAAGGCGAGGGCUACCAAUGCAAGGUAGAAGGAUGCCGCAAGGCCAUGUCAGGCCAUGUGUACUCACGGAAAGACAACUUCGAUCGGCAUAUGCGGACGGCACAUCCAGAUCAUCCGCAAAUCUGA